GAAGGUGAGUGGAGUUAGCGGUAUUGGGUCGGCUCUCCACGGGCUUUUUUGUAUUGUGUUCUAGACCUCGCUUCGACACUUGUUCCAGCUGAGCGGAGGACGUCGGGCCUUCGAGCUGUUCCUCUGGCGGAGAGCCCGAGGUCACUGCUUUGCCCUGCUCGCCUCCCUACGGGGCGAGCCUGGGACCUGGCAAUGACUUGGCCAAUCACCGUUGAUUUAGAUGUUGCCACAAACUAUUGUUUCACACUGUGUGGCGAUCUCAGAAGUGGAGUUUAGGGGUUGAGGAAACAUCACAUAGCCAUGGUGGAAGCUUUCAGAGAGGACACAAGACACCCAGCAGGCUUCAACGCUACGUCCUUCACUUCUAAUGGAGGACUCCUGGAUUCCUCUAUCCCAAGAUGGCUGGGCGUAAACUUGCUCUAAAAACCAUUGAUUGGGUAUCUUUUGUGGAGAUCAUACCCCCAAACCAGAGGACAAUUGGAAACGCCCUAAAGACUUGGAAUGAGACCCUCCACACCAGGUUGGCUAGUCUGUCUGAGAAACCACCAGCGAUUGACUGGGCUUACUACAGGGCCAACGUGGCCAAGGCUGGCUUAGUGGAUGAUUUUGAAAAGAAGUAUAAUGCCCUGAAGAUCCCUGUGCCUGAGGAUAAAUACACUGCCCUGGUGGACCAGGAGGAGAAGGAGGACGUGAAGAGCUGUGCCGAGUUCGUGGCUGGAUCUCAGCUCAGGAUCCAGGAGUAUGAGAAGCAGCUGGAGAAACUGAAGAACAUAAUUCCCUUUGACCAGAUGACCAUUGAUGACUUGAAUGACAUCUUCCCAGAAACCAAGCUAGACAAGAAGAAGUACCCGUACUGGCCCCACCAGCCUAUCGAGAACCUAUGAAGCAGCCCAGGAGAGAGCCCUGGCUGACAUGAAAUAAAACAUUUACAUAGUGCUGGC